AUGGCCGAUAAGCGCGAACCGAUCAAGGUGGACCCCGUCGACGUCGGCGACACCACUGAGCUCGAUAAUUUGGCACAUUUGGCGGCUCAUGGCGGAGAUGGACGUCUCUUCAAGAUGGAGCAAGACUACACGAAGCAAGUCGACGAGGCGCUUCUCAAAGCGAGAGAUCUCGCUCAGAAGGACGUGGUGGCCGCUGUGGAGAGCCUCAAUAAUAUUGAGAAGCUCACACGGCUCGGCGCGGAUAUGAAGAGCAACACCCGAGUGGUGCAAUACAUGGCAAAACUCUGCUUCGAAGGCCAAAAGUGGGACCUUCUCAUGGAAACAAUCAUGACGCUCUCCAAAAAGCGUCUUCUCAUCAAGAUGGCAAUCGCAAAAAUGGUUCGUGACGCUGUCGCGAUGAUCGAGAAGAUGCCGACCGAGGAGUUGAAGAUGAAAUUGAUCGAAACUUUGAGAACGGUCACAGCCGGAAAGAUUUAUGUGGAAGUAGAGCGCGCUCGACUCACAUCGAUGGUCGUGAAGAAGCUGGAAGCUGAGGGAAAGCUCGAUGAGGCUGCGACGAUGCUCUUGGAGCUCCAAGUCGAGACAUAUGGAUCGAUGGAGAUGAAGGAGAAGGUGUUGUACCUUUUGGAGCAGAUGAGAUACUCUCUCGUCCGCAAUGACUACGUCCGUGCCACAAUCAUCUCAAAGAAGAUUAAUAUCAAGUUUUUCAACAAAUCUGACGCUGAAGAUGUUCAAGAUUUGAAGCUGAAAUAUUACGAAUUGAUGAUUCGCAUCGGUCUUCACGACGGAAACUAUCUGGAUGUGUGUCGCCACCAUCGUGAGAUCUAUGAGACCAAGAAGAUCAAGGAGGAUUCGGUGAAGGCCACCUCUCACCUUCGCUCCGCCGUCGUCUACUGUCUUCUGGCUCCACACACCAACGAGCAAUGGGAUCUUCUGAAUCGAAUCGCGAUUCACAGAGAGAGUUGGAGACAGUGCCCGAUUAUAAAAUCAUCCUGGAUCUCUUCAUCAACCAAGAACUCAUCUCAUUCAAAGGAACCAUUGUGGCGAAAUACGAGAAAUUGUUGA